CAUGUGUCCUUGACUGGCUAUGCUAGCUGUCUGUUAGUUAGCUGGAUAUAUUAAGCUGAUUGCAUUAUCGGAUCAGAUUUAACCUGCAGUCCAACAAUAUAGAGUUAAGUACACAUAUUUUAUGCUAUUUCAGGCAAACAUUAGCUGACAGUGUAGUUAGCUAACUAAUUAAGCUAACAUCAACAGCAGUUUUGUUAUUUCAGCAGAUCCUGGGUUUUCUGUAAGGAACGAAAACAGACGAUUUCUGAAAUGUCUUCAGACGAAGACAGGGCCAAGGAAAUUUUGAAGGGCUUCAAACUAAACUGGAUGAAUCUUCGAGAUGCAGAGACGGGCAAAGUGCUGUGGCAGGGAACUGAGGACCUCUCUGUACCAGGAGUAGAACAUGAAGCUCGCGUCCCAAAGAAGAUUCUGAAGUGUAAAGCAGUGUCCAGAGAACUGAACUUUUCCUCCUCAGAGAAACUGGAGAAGUUCAGACUGGAGCAGAAAGUUUUCUUCAAAGGGCAGUGUCUAGAAGAAUGGUUCUUUGAGUUUGGUUUUGUUAUCCCCAACUCCACCAACACAUGGCAGUCUCUUAUAGAAGCAGCUCCAGAGUCCCAGAUGAUGCCAGCCAAUGUUUUAACUGGUAAUGUGAUCAUAGAGACCAAGUUCUACGAUGAUGACCUCCAUGUCAGUACCUCCAGGGUACGACUUUUCUACGUCUGACCUUUGACCCCUGACUCUACCUUCCAAAAUGCUGACAUCCUGCCAAGGUCUAUAAAUUACUAAGGUUAGCUACAAUUUGCAGCAGUAAACAAUUCAUUGCUGACUUGGGAUCAGCACAUUUGGGUGAAACACAGCUAUUGUCCCACAGUCAGUGAAGUGAGCUUUGUGUUUGGUUGUUCUCUUGUUUUGUGUUGACCUGAAAACUUCUUCUAGACCUUGGGAGGAGAGGGAAGAGGAGGAGAGACUGCUUUGUUGUUUCCUCUGUUCCAAAAUCCUCUCUCUCUGCAUUUCCCCCCCCAGACAGCUCCACUGUAAAUACAUUACAACUGAUCUCAAGUCAGCCAGGGAGCCACUCUGAAAUGACACGAUUCAUGUUUUUUUUUAAUUCUGCCCUCUCUCACUCCAAGGUUGCAUUUACUCAGGAAUAGAACACCAGACAUGUAACCUGUCUGAUUUGAUCUUCUCCUUUCUGUCUGAACACGGAAACACUGCUCUCCAUGUGUCGUCUGUUUAAACACGAGCAGCAUGUCAGUGUCGUGGGAAGAUGCAGCUCAGUGUCUCUCCUGAGCUACGUUCAAGAGGUCUUCAUCAUAAAACACUAGAUUACAUUUCCUCUAGCUGUGUCCCAUUCCAGAGGCUACCUCCUGUGAAGUACACAUUUCCUGACAGAAUUUAUCAUCAUAGGUAAAUAAGGCUGACCCGUUCCAAAGGCACAGUGAAAUGCAGCCUCCUUUUGUAUACAUUUGAAGAACACAACAGGUGUAUUGUCUGUAGUCCUUAAUAUCUCAAAAUCCUUUGCACUGGUCAGUUUUUGUCUACUUUUAAAGUCAGAAAAUUGUUCUGUCUAUUAUCAGAGAAAUGGAAGUUUCAGAUAUAUUUGGACAUAUUUACUUUGUCAGCCAACAACUCAUCUCUGAAAUUUCCACUUUUAUGAGGACUGCCUGAAUGCACUCUUAAAGGUGGUCUCUGUGAGCCCAAGUAUUGGAACUGCUGAUGUAGCUUUAGUCCUCUGAAGGACACAUCUUUGCAGGCAACCUCAGCAGUGGGACACAGCUUCUACUAACUAAACCUUUCCUGUUUUCUGAAUACAUGAACUAGUUUAGAACAGUGGUUUUCAGUGUAGUGUGAUGGAGGACCAAGCGCCUGUUUUUAUUCCAGUCCACCACAAGAGCCGCUGGUUUCACUGGAUUGCUUCUUGUCUGUAUUGUUUGGAAUGAAAACCUGCACAUUGUUGUCAUGAUGACACUAUGUUUGAGGGACAUUCAUCAGCAAACAGGAGGGGAUUUUGUUAUAUUCAUUUAUGUGCUUGUACUUCACUUUCACUUAAUUAAAAUAUUCAACUUUCAACUAAAUCAUCAGGUGUAGACCAAGAUGAGACAUGCAUAAUUUUUUCACAGUAGUUCACCUGUUUACAAUUUGAUCUCAACUAGGCCCAGAUGUUAACAGCUGCUUAAGGUUUUUAAUGCAGCUCUGUUCUGUACAUCCUGGCUAGAUUUUUAACUUUGACUUCCCAUCCAAUUCACUGCAUUCGUGUCAUUGUUUGUUUUUUCUUAGCUGCUAACUGAGCUGUGUAAAAUAGACUUGUGUUUUAAUAUGACAGGAGUUGUGGAUUAAAGUCAUCCAAUGUUGUAAUAA